AUGUCCACUUUCCUCCGUUUUACAGAUAGGGAAACUGAGGCACGGAGCGUUCGGGACGGAGGAGGGCAGGGGAAACGGGAGUGGGGGCAGCGAGAGGUGCAGAGUCAAUCUGCAGGGACUGGGCUCCCCGGAGAAGGGGACCACCCUAGCGCCUGCUGUGAGAGGUUUCUACCUACAGAAGAGGAGGAGGAGGAAGAUAAGGAGGAGGAGGAUGAGGAUGAGGAGGAGAAAGAGCAAAUCCUUGGGCCUCCCAAGAAGCCUCCGAAAGAGAAGCCUUCUGCGGCCACCAAGGAGAGGAGAGCCAAGGCCCAGGGGGACCUGGGCAGCCCAGAGCUGGCAACAAAGAAGAAACCUCUCCGCACUAAGAAGAAGGAGGCCGCAGCUGGGGAGGGGACCAGGGUGAGGAAGGCAAAGAAGAAAGGGCCCAGUGAGGCCGAGCAGGACCCCCCCGAGAGCCCGUCCGCAGUGAGGAAGAAGAGCCCGGCGGCCUUGUUUCUCGUUGGGGAAGGCAGCCCCGCCGAGAAAGCUUCAAAGAAGAAAGGUACACCCAAGGGCCCAGAAGAGGAGAAGAAGGAGGAAGACAGUGAGGAGGAGGCGGCGGCAGCUGUAGCAACCAAGAACAGCAACCAGAAGGGCAAAGCGAAGGGAAAGGGCAAAAAGAAGGAGGAGAGGGCCCCGUCUCCCCCCGUGGAGGUGGACGACCCCCAGGAGUUCGUGCUGCGGCCUGCCCCCCAGGGCCGGACGGUGCGCUGCCGGCUGACCCGAGACAAGAAGGGCAUGGACCGGGGCAUGUACCCCUCCUACUUCCUGCACCUGGACGCCGAGAAGAAGGUGUUCCUCUUGGCUGGCCGGAAGCGGAAACGGAGCAAGACGGCUAACUACCUCAUCUCCAGCGACCCCACCAAUCUGUCUCGAGGAGGGGAGAAUUUCAUCGGGAAGCUGAGGUCCAACCUCCUGGGGAACCGCUUUACCGUCUUUGACAACGGGCAGAACCCGCAGCGUGGAGGCAGCGGCACGGACGUGGGCAGCCUUCGGCAGGAGCUGGCGGCCGUGAUCUAUGAAACCAACGUGCUGGGAUUCCGCGGUCCCCGGCGCAUGACCGUCAUCAUUCCAGGCAUGAGCGCGGACAACGAGAGGGUCCCCAUCCGGCCCCGAAAUGCCAGUGAUGGGCUGCUGGUGCGUUGGCAGAACAAGACAUUGGAGAGCCUCAUUGAGCUCCACAACAAGCCACCUAUCUGGAAUGAAGACAGUGGCUCCUAUACCCUCAACUUCCAAGGCCGGGUCACCCAGGCCUCGGUCAAGAACUUCCAAAUUGUCCACGCCGAUGACCCCGACUACAUCGUGCUGCAGUUCGGCCGCGUGGCGGAGGACGCCUUCACCUUAGACUACCGGUACCCACUGUGCGCCCUGCAGGCCUUCGCCAUCGCCCUCUCCAGUUUCGACGGCAAGCUGGCUUGCGAGUGACCCCCAGCCGGCGGCCAGAGACUCCCGCAGGGUCCCUCCACGGAAGCCCCAGCGGGCGACUCCCCCCUUCCCCACACACACACCCAGUUGGAGGCUGACUCCUCACUGCCUCUCGGUGACUUCCGUCCUCUCCCCAAUCUGGCACAGCCCCGGCAGGAGGGGCUCCGGCGGCCGGUGGACCAAGAGGAAGAACAUCUGGGUUCGGAGCGGCACAUCUGCAGCGGAGUCGGCCCGCGCCGCGCCCGCCCCGCGCCCCAGUCACUUCCUGUCGGGAGCAGUAGUUGGUGUUGUCUUAACCUCCUCCCCCUACACUGGGGCAGCGCGAGGCCGGGGAGCCGGGGCGCGUGGGUGACGGGGACUAGGACCAGACGCCCACAUCUCCAAUAAAGCCUUGUUCCUGGCUAA